AAAGAUGCCAACACAGGACCAUUUCACCAGGAACAAAAGAUACAGUCCAUUCCGCAGGUUCUCUUCCAGUAGCUCGCAGCUGUUCAUCAAAAUCUUGUCAAUGACUCUGGACCAUUCCUUAAGCGCCCCGGGCACUUCUGGGCCUCGUCGGCCCUCAACGUCCGCAGCACCCGCCCGCCUUAUCCCUCUGAUGUCACCACCAUCCCGGGUGAUACCAGAUUCUGAUGAAGAGAUGGAAGACGAUGUCUCUGAAGAUUACGGACAUGUUGGCGCAGAGUCCAAAGGCGGUGCCCCUGUCAGACCACUGCCGCAGCUAGAAGCCACCGCCGCCCAAGUUAUCAAAGACUCAGAUAUGGGUGGCACCUCAACCACCGUUAUCCCGGGCCUUGAAGGUGGCAGCACUACGACCUCGCCCCAAGAGGCCGAGGCCCGAGGUGGUCAGGCUGUGCCUGUUGCGGAUGACGACCUAUCCGAUGAGCCCACCAGGAGAAUACGGCCGAGCAGGAAUCGUGAGGGACUGCCUGAAGGAGACAGCAGGACAAACAGUCAAGGCCAGGGGAACUCGGCCCCGGUGACGAAGGAGUCGACAAGGCGGCCUGCGGGAAGCAUGCAGCUGGCCCCCAGCCCCAGCCCGGUCGCACGCGAGAAAGCGCCAGCGGCAACAGGAGCAAGACUUGCUCCCACCACGGGGGCCGACGGGAUCAUGCCAGACAGUACACAGGACGAGCCCCUCGAUCUUUUGUUUGGUGGGCCGUACGGGCAGAAGGCACCGCCGUCAAAAGAGACUCUCCUCAGCCACAGCAAGCUGUAUCUCCAGGCAGUCAACUGUGGCAUAGCUGGUGACCCGUUCUACUACGAAAUUGCAGCUGCCCACCUCACGCUGUUGCGGUAUGGAUUCGAGCCCAAGAGCGAGGCGUUUGAGACGGUCAAGUCGGAGCUCUGCGAGGCAUUGUCAAAGGCACCAACCCCCAUGGAGCUAUUCAAGAGGCUCGAUAAGGACGCCAAGUACGGCUCGUGCUUCAUAUGGGUCACGAAUGAAAAGAUCGGGGCAUCAUGGACGGCGCGCUUCAAGAACCUGUUUGACUUCACUCCGGUCGGGGUUCCGGAUUAUUACUCGGGCAUUUCGGCAUUCCCGACAGACAUUGGGGACCCGUCAGUUACCUGCAGGCAUUCGAUCGAUUUUCAAAACAUGCGCUUCGAAAUAAUAGGGCGGAUCCCCGUGCACGAUAUGCUAGCGGUCUAUCUGAAUGGCCGCAGGGUGGAGAUCGAGUCUGCCACGGCACGGCGUUCUGAAGAAACCCUGAGCGGCGAGGCUUUGACCCACCGGGAGGGUACCGCUGAGGUGGCCUCCGACCAUAUGGAGGUGGACGAGGCGGCCGUGCCUGCCGUCCACCGGGAGAGCACCGCUGAGGUUGCCACCGACAGUAUGGAGGUGGACGAGGCGGCCCCGCCUACUAGAGCAGCAACGGGAGGGUCUCUUAAACCUGCGCAGAAUAAUCCACUCAAGAGGAGUCGCCUGGAUCCGCCAGCAAAAUCGGCCUUCGUACACGACUGGGUAAAACCGAGCCUGCAACGUAUCAUCGACAAGCAGGGGGACAAGGGCAAGCAGCUCCUCUAUGCAAAGUGGGUGUUACAGCAGCCUCCUGAAUCUGGGGAGGGCAACAAGGGGGCUAAGUGACAGACCCACAGCUCAAGUCUAGAGGACAGACCAAUCCCGUCUUUUUGUACUGUUGCCAGUAUUAUGUUUCUUUUUCAGAGUCUUUGAGCAUGUACCACUAAAUGAGGGCGCCGUAUACCACUGCGGAUGUACACGGAAUAUGAACGAGAUCAGGCAACUCGAGGCCAUAUUUCGGCCCACCAUGUCGUACAUUAGUUACUAAUACCAUACCAUAUACUGAUGGGCCCCAUAGAGGGUCACUAUGA